AUGGCCAUGGCCGCCACCACCACUACCAUGGCCUUCGAAACACGACACAUCAACUUCCUCGUCUCCUCCAAUCUCAGCCGGCUCACCAAACCUUCUCGACUCUUCCACCGCCAACCGAAACGUUUCGUUUUGACGCCGAGACUUGCGGUCAAAGCUUGCGCGAUUAACGUCGAAGAGAAGAGCAUUGCUGGAAAAUCCGAAGCGUGGGGGAAGGUUUCUGCUGUGUUGUUUGAUAUGGACGGUGUGCUUUGCAACAGUGAAGAACCUUCUAGAAGAGCCGCUGUUGAUGUGUUCGCUGAGAUCGGCGUUCAAGUCACCGUCGACGAUUUUGUGCCGUUCACCGGAACUGGAGAAGCAAACUUUUUGGGAGGAGUUGCCUCUGUUAAGGGAGUUAAAGGAUUCAAUACUGAAGAUCUAAAGAAGAGGUUCUUUAAAAUAUAUCUGGACAAGUAUGCGAAACCGGAUUCGGGAAUAGGAUUUCCAGGUGCCCUUGAACUAGUUUCUCAGUGUAAAAGCAAAGGGCUUAAAGUGGCUGUUGCAUCUAGUGCCGAUCGAAUAAAGGUUGAUGCAAAUCUAGCUGCCGCUGGUUUGCCAUUGUCAAUGUUCGAUGCAAUCGUUUCUGCAGAUGCUUUUGAGAAUUUGAAACCGGCUCCUGACAUUUUCUUAGCUGCGUCAAGGAUAUUGAAUGUUGCCCCCAGUGAGUGUAUUGUUAUAGAAGACGCGCUAGCGGGAGUGCAAGCUGCCAAAGCUGCACAAAUGAGAUGCAUAGCUGUAAGGACCACAUUGUCAGAUGAAGCUUUGGAGCCUGCUGGCCCAACUUUUAUCCGAGAUGACAUAGGAAGUAUUUCACUAGAUGAUGUUCUCAAUGGCGACUCUAUUGGAUAUAAUAAGAGGAUGCAAGGUUCUGAAACUCCAAAUAGUUUUGCUCAGUCUUCGUCUGAUGUGCUUGCGGGAAUAAUAGAUGACAGAAAUGGAAGAACUGCCAGCAGUACUGAUGAGGAAACUCGCUCAACUGGAGGGUUGCAGGGUUCGCGGCGAGAUAUACUGAGAUUUGGAAGUCUUGGGAUUGCUAUCUCUUGCUUUGUCUUCGCCUUAAAUAACUGGAAGGCAAUGCAAUAUUCUUCCCCCCAAGCUGUUUGGAAUCUGUUAUUUGGUGUUACCCAGCCACCCAUGGAGUAUAAAGCAGGCAACUCAAAAUUUGAUAGGAUCCCGCAAUUUGUGAAAUACAUAGCUGAUCUGGAGAACAGGGAAAAUGCUCAGCUUGUUCCAGAAUUUCCGUCUAAACUUGAUUGGCUAAAUACAGCUCCACUUCAGUUUCGCAGGGAUCUGAAAGGAAAAGUUGUUCUGCUCGAUUUCUGGACUUAUUGUUGUAUAAACUGUAUGCAUGUGUUGCCAGACCUAGAUGCUUUGGAGAAAAAAUACAAAGAUAUGCCGUUUGUUGUUGUGGGUGUUCAUUCUGCAAAGUUUGAUAAUGAGAAAGAUUCUGAAGCCAUCCGCAAUGCGGUUCUACGCUAUGACAUCACUCACCCGGUUGUCAAUGAUGGAGACAUGUACUUUUGGCGGAAGUUAGGCAUAAGUUCAUGGCCAACAUUUGCUAUCAUUGGCCCCAACGGUAAGCUCCUUGCUCAACUUGCUGGAGAAGGUCACAGGAAGGAUCUUGAUGAUUUUGUGGCGGCGGCACUUCUAUUUUAUGGAAAACAGAACAUGUUGGACAAUACACCGAUUACAUUAAAUUUAGAGAAAGAUAAUGAUCCUCGUCUAUUGACAUCACCAUUGAAGUUUCCCGGAAAGCUAGCUAUUGAUGUCCUCAACAACAGGCUUUUUAUUUCUGACAGCAAUCACAACCGCAUAGUGGUAACCAACCUUGAUGGGAAUUUUAUUGUACAAAUUGGGAGCAGUGGGGAGGAAGGUUUGAAGGAUGGUUCCUUUGAUGAAGCCACCUUUAAUCGCCCUCAGGGUCUUGCUUAUAAUGCAAAGAAAAAUAUCCUUUAUGUUGCGGACACCGAAAACCAUGCUUUGAGGGAAAUUGAUUUUGCUAAUGAGAAAGUGCGUACUCUUGCUGGAAAUGGGACCAAGGGUUCUGACUAUGUUGGAGGAGGAAAAGGAGACACACAGCUCCUUAAUUCACCUUGGGAUGUCUGUUAUCAUCCAUUUGAAGAAAAGAUUUAUAUUGCCAUGGCUGGUCAACAUCAGAUAUGGGAGCACAAUAUACUGAGUGGAGUUACGAGAGCAUUUAGUGGUGAUGGCUAUGAAAGAAAUUUAAAUGGAUCAAGUUCUACAAGCACAUCCUUUGCACAACCGUCUGGUAUUUCACUGUCUCAAGGUCUAAUGGAGAUAUACGUAGCUGAUAGUGAGAGUAGUUCAAUUCGAGUUGUUGAUCUGAAAACUGGAGGAUCUCGUUUGCUAGCUGGUGGUGAUCCUAUGUUUUCGGACAAUUUGUUUAAGUUUGGUGAUCAAGAUGGAAUAGGCUCUGAAGUACUUCUUCAACAUCCGCUGGGGGUUGUGAGUGGAAAGGAUGGUGUAAUCUAUCUCACGGAUAGCUACAAUCACAAGAUCAAAAAGUUAGAUCCGACCAGUAAAAGAGUUAGCACUGUUGCAGGAACAGGGAAAGCUGGUUUCAAGGAUGGAAUUGCCGUAACAGCUCAGCUCUCUGAACCAUCAGGAAUUGUUGAAGGGAGCAACGGGAGACUAUUCAUAGCCGAUACAAACAACAGCCUAAUCCGAUAUCUAGAUUUGAACGCUAAUGAAUUUCAACUUUGUACCUUGGAGCUUAAAGGAGUUCAGCCUCCGAAACCAAAAUCAAAAUCUUUUAAACGCCUCAGGAGACGACCAACUGCUGACACGGUGCCAAUUACCAUUGAUGCCAUUUCAUCAGAGGAAGGAAACUUGUCGAUUGAAAUAUCAUUGCCAAAUGAGUAUCAUUUCUCAAAGGAAGCUCGCAGUAGAUUCAGUGUCGAUAUUGAACCUGAAGAUGCUGUGAAUAUCGAUCCUCUGGAUGGACUCCUUAGUCCGGAAGGAUCUGCAGUGCUUCACUUUAAGAGAUCCUCUAACUCUGCUUCAAUGGGAAGAAUUAGUUGCAAGAUUUACUAUUGCAAGGAAGACGAGGUUUGUUUAUACAAAUCUUUGCUGUUUGAGGUCCCUUUCCGAGAGGGCGUUUUUGACACUGCCAAGACAGAUGUCACUCUUGCCCAUUUUGUGAAGCCCAAAGGUUCGACUAACAGCUUACUGCAGUCUAUUGCACCGUAG